GACAGAUCGACUGAAUAAGUGAGUAAAAGGCCGUUACACAGCGGAAAUCUGUCUUCUACUUGGAGCUUAAAAACGUACAGCAUUACCAGAGUCCUGAUUUACAGACGAUCAGCAACUACUUUUAUCUUGCAAAUUUGCGCAGAAAUUACAAAAAUGUCGUACAAGAGGUCUUCUAUUAAUCGUCCUCCAACACCAGAUGCCGACAAGGAUCGUGAAAAUCAGGAUCCCACUCUUCAAGAAAUCAUCAACAUCAAGCUGAUAGAGAGUGGGGAAAAAGAACGAUUGAAGGAGCUUUUGAGAGAAAGGCUCAUAGAAUGCGGUUGGAGGGAUGAGAUGAAAGCUCUUUGCAGAGCAUAUACAAGGAAGAAAGGAAGGAAUAAUGUUACAGUAGAUGACCUAGUACAUGUCAUUACUCCAAAGGGCAGAGCUUCUGUUCCAGAUUCAGUGAAGGCGGAGCUGUUGCAGCGAAUCAGAUCAUUCCUUGCAUCAGCUGCUUCUUGAUGUUCUUGAAAGUUGGAAGUGGCAAAGUUGAUGCAUCAUGUUCCCUUGUGAAGCGGUGCUCUCAUGUUUGUUGUCUAGAAGUUUGUUUGCAGUAACGCCCCAGAACUGCUCCUCUUUAGACCACUUGUCCAUGAUGCCGGUAUUUUGGAUUCAAUACUCAUUUUCAGGAAAUGUGUCCAAGUUAUAUGAUCUGUAAUGUUUGCUAAUUACAGCCACUCAAAUGCACAAAUAUAUUUAUACUAUCUUGAUCCUUCUGAAGUUUUGUUA